AUGAAAGACCAGGGUUCCGUACAGUUUGACCUUACUAAAGAGCAAGUAGAGAAGGAGCGACGAGCAGACCAUCUUGAGCGUAUAAAGCGUGAUUGUGGGCCCCAAGGAGUUCAACUCAUUGACAGGGAGAGUGAGAUUGCGGCGCAGGAGGAUAAAAACAGUUCAAGACGCUCUUAUGAGGGGUACCAGGAUUCUGAUCAUGGCUCCCAGGAACAAUACAGACGAGAGCCUCGAGGGGAGAGCGGCCCAGCAUCAACGAUUGAGCUAGCAACAGUAGGCGCGAUCGGAGGUAUAACUGCAGCCAGUGUGCUUUCCGGUCAAGGCUCCAACGGUGGCUCCUCCGAAUCCAGCCAGAGGCGUCAUUACGAACGCUCAGAGAAGCGGCGCGCAGAAAGACGCCGCGUGCCAGGUUCUGAGAUAUCGUCCGGCCUUCCCAUGCCUGACCGUGCCUACAAUGAUGUUGACCAGCGCCCGAACCCGAACCCUGAACAAGAACAUAUCAAGACUUCAGUAUUCAGUGACAUUCCUCGCAAGAAGCCAGUCCAUCAUGAUUAUGCACAAUUCUUCGCACCCGAAGAGUUGCGGUAUAGCCCUGAUACAUACAUGCGUCGCGAACCCGCUUCAAUACCAACUAUCAUAGAAGUGGAACCUGCAAGUCAAAAAAGUAAGCCAGCGGAGGAGCCCCGCCCAGAAUAUCGUGGUCUACCAUGGCCAGUUCCAGAGCUCAAGGUGGUUGAGCCCACGCCUCCUCAAAGUCAGAAUGGCUCCGUAAGAGAUAUUGCCUCUCCGAUUCCAUCGCCACCAGAGGCCCCUGAAGAUGAGAGGAUAUCAAGGCGAUCAACAACAGGCUCCCGCAUAUCUUGGGGUAAGGAUGAGACACGCGAAUAUGAAGUCCCAUCUACAUCCUCUGAACUUGACUCCGCCGAUCACGAAAUUAUGGCAGACCGUGGACAGGAAAAGCAGACUGGUAGUGAACCCACCCAAGAAAUUCCCGCCAUUCAAACCGAUCUGUCCAAAGGCGACACAAGUGAGUAUGAUACUGAUAUUGAAGUCGCGGCAACAGCCGCUGCAGUUGCUGCAGCCGCAGGUUUUGGUCCCUCCGUUGUGUCGGACAUCAGGGAAAACCUCGCCUCUCCGUCAGGAGCUCGUGGCUAUGUUGGUGAGGAGGUAACACCCGAUGAUGGAGAGAAGCAGCCAAUCUUAGGAAAAUUCGUCGAAAACGGACCAGCUUACUCUGAGCCAGCGUCGAUGAGGGACGGUGUUAGAACGUUUUAUGAUGAUCAACCUCCAUCAUCAAUUGCACAAGAAGUGAUUCAGCAGCUCACUGGAGAGCAAGCACCUGAGGUAGGUGAACUUCCCAGGAGGGCUGUGGAGGAACCGAAUGAGAGCGGGCAAAUGUUGGUCUUUCGAGACAAGCGUUCUGGACCCGAGUCGCCUGCAGAGGAAGUUUUACACAUGCCUGGUGGAUUCGAGCUAGAGGAGUCAUCCAGCCAGCGGGAGCCGCGUGGAGAUACACAAGAGUCAGCUCAGGAUGAUUCAAGCUCAAUUACCUCAGCUGCUAUACCUAGACAUAGUGAGGCACCGACUGAGGAAGUUAGUUACUGCAAAGACAGUCGCGAAUCCGACAUCCCUAGUAGAGCUAGUCCACCUGCCGUUGAAGAGGGUUCUACUAUCGAGAAGAAGAAGCGAAAGAAAAGAUAUUCCACGCGGGAUAGCGAUGCUUUCGAUGACACCGUCUCAGUGACAUCUUCCUCAGCCAGAGUUGAGGAGACUGGUGAUCGCAGCAGAACUACGGAUGAGCAGGCAAAAGAAAAGAGGACAGGUGGUCUAUUCACUAUCCAUCUCGCGAGGUCCAAUCCGAAGUUGGGCCACGUUCUGGGGAGUCUCGACGACAACGAAGGGAGGAAAAGCGGCGACAAAGCGGCCAAGAAGUCGUUCGACAUCCCCACACGAAGAGGUCCAGGGUCAGCAGUCACGGCGGUCGUCCGGAGUUCGACCGACAGAGUCUCCUACCGCCGUCCCUUUGCACUUUCGUCGACCCCCACCAACAUCACCACGAGCCCAUCGGUCGCCUUCACAAAACGGAAGCUCAACCUGAGGAACCGUUACCUUCCCUACCGUCAAGAUGAGAAGAACUGGGAAAAGAUAGAUUUGAGCCCCAGUAUUCAUAGAGACCAGCGGCAUGUUGACGUUGAUAUGCCUUCUGAUUCUCAACACGGAGUGCUUGGUUCCCAAGAAGUAACACCUACUGCCGCAAGCUUUGGACAAAUAAAUGCCUAUCAGCCACCUCGGAAGGAUAAGCCCAAGUACGAGUUCCAUUCGCCCUCUGAGCUUCUCCAGGAUCCGUGCACUUAUGCAGAGCUGCCUCCUUCUCCAACAAUGGGGCUUCUUCCUUCUGCCGAGGGCUCUGCAGUCGGCGUAAAAGACGAUGGCAGGCUGGAGCGCAACCUGGACAGCCUUCCAUCUCUACCUGUGUCCCGACCCUCUACUCCUGAAAGUGAACAACUUCGUGCUUCAGACGCUGCUGAAGAAAAUCUGACUAGAGAGCUGACAGCUCCCGACUUUGCAACGCCAAGGACCGGGAACGAUACUCCAUCCGCAGAUGUCGACACGCCUAUUAUGAAGGUACUCGAUAUUGAUCUACGGGAUCUUCAGCCAUCUGACGAGAAAGCCCCCACAAAAGCCACCCGGGGUAAUAUUGAGUCAGGCGAUGCUCUAAUGUCUCAUGAACCAACUUCCCAGGGUCUGCCAGAUGAGGCUAUUCCUGUGCGUCCAGCUGUCCAAGUCCCAACGAUCGAGACAGUAGAAAAAGUUAGAGAGGAUCUAGAACAGGCAGCUACCACCCCUGUCGACAUUGUCAACGUGGCAAUUGCAGACUCUGUGCUACCUGCUGAAGAGGAACGCGCAUUGUCUGCCGAACCGCUACAAUCUCAAAUUACUGACGAGGCAAAGCCGGGAAUCAGUGCUACAGUAUAUGAGAAAGCGCAACCACAAGAGGCACCCCCUGGAGUGCAAUCCGAGCCACAAAAGCCUGCAACAGAGGAUAACGAGUCAUUGGGAAAUGCUGAGGCUAAAACUGAGUCUAAUUCUAACCUCACUUCUGCCAAGAUUCUUUCUGUUGAAGGCGAAGAAGCAGAGAUUGCUGAUGGAGCAACAGUCACAGGAUCAGCCAAGCCAAUAACGGGGAGUAUAGACAAGGCUGCCAACGAAGCAGUCCAAGCACCCAUUGCUGAAGAACUAACAGUUGAUGCUACUUCUCCAAGUUCAUCGAAGAAGAAGAAGAAAGCUAAAAAGAAAAAAACCAAGAGUGUGGAUCUACAUGAUCAGGAGCCACAAGAUACUGCAGCCAUAGCUCGUGCAGCCCCUUCAUCCCCUGAAGAUGUUGAGAAAAAGGAUGGGGCAAUGGCUGAAGGAGAAACCCCGAGUGAACAGAUUUCUCCACCAGAAAGCAUCGAGAAAUCCACAGGAGCUGAUGUAGAGUCCGCCACAGACCUCUUAAAGCCAGACGAGGCAGCAAAUGUACAAGUAUCUGUGGAUAUGCCUGUUUCUGAGCCUGAGCCUGUUGUGAAUAUUACCAGAACUGAAGACGCACUUGCAGCUGAAAACGAGGUUAUUGCGAGUGACCUCAAAGCUGGGGAAGAAGCGGGUAUGCAGGCAAUUGAGGGACGCCCGCUCUCGGAGUGGGAACCUACUGUCCAAUCUGAAAACCCACAAAGCAUCGUUGACCUAGCGGCCCCCGUGAAUCUAUCUAAGCAGGAGCCUCCUUUGGAGAUACUGCUGUCAGAAGAUGCUCCCCUAGCUGCAGACACUUCAAUAACUGAACAGAAACCCAACCCAGAGGCCUUGGAGACAGACGCGGUUCAGGAAACGCAGGCACCCGAGGUUGCGACGGCUCCUGUGCAAGGGUUAUCCAAAGUUGAAGAUGCUCUCACCAUUCCAGACGUUCUUGUACCCGAGCAGGUGAUACCUAAGGCGGAAGGGGAUGCUCACCGGGAAAGCUUUGAAUCGGAUAAAAUGCAGGAUUUCGAUGCGAAACAAGGGUCUACCGAGAGAGAAGCAGCUGCGAAUACAGAUACCCCUACCAACAGUUUGGAGAGUGACAAGGAGAGCAAGAGAUCUGAUGUAAAUGAGAGCGUCAAAGAGCUUGGUGGCGUGGAGUUUGUGAUGGCUAGCAAGACGGAACCAGAGGCUAGUGUGCAGGCAGGUGAAAAGCCUUCAAAAUCUGUCAUUGGUGAUUACCAGCCUGUGGAAGAAGACUUGGUGCCUUCAAAGGAAGAAACUAUCUCCACCUCUGAACAUCCCAUGCAAGGUAUAAUGGAGGGAGCUGAAAGCCUGGAGUUCAGCGGACAGGAUGUUGUACUGCCUGAAAAGUCCUUUGAGCACGCAGAGGAGCUUGAUGAACAAAGUAAAGAAUACCGCCAGUCAGUACCACAAGACUCAACAGAACACAGUGCCUCCGCUCAAGACGACGCUCCUCGGGUUGUUUCUGAACCUAGCACUGUAGUGCUAGAGCCGCCUACGGAAGCUACUUCUCUGAGUGUCCUUGGAGGUCACAAAAGUCCUGCGGCAGAUUUGCAGGAGGGGCUAAUCCCCGAAGCGAGUACCGUUGACCCUGCUCCGGUCGAAUCUGAAUCCGGACCAUCACAACUCGAAAGUGGGCAAACUACCACGACAGAAGAGGCCAAAGCAUCAAUGGAACCGGGCUCCGGAAAGAUAUCGUCAGAACAAGACCAGAUGCAGGGCAAUGCUGCGCCUGUUCAACCAACAUCUUCUCCCGAGUCGGCGGCUGAAGUUGCUGAGGCUGGUACAAAAUGUCAAGAUACCGACGUUACCGACGCGCAAACUGAAACUUCCUUGUCGCGACGAAGCAGCAAGAAGAACAAAAAGAAAAGCAAGCGCGAUGGUAUUACGGUGCCGCCUGAGGAUAAAGGGACAAAUGAUGUUCCACCUAAUGUGCCUUCUAGUGAAGGAGCCACGCCACAAGUGGAAGACGACCCUGCUGUGCCCCCCAAAGAAGAACCGGAAGCAAGGCAGUCCGAGGAAACCCCGGGCAACGAACACGAGGGCGCUAUGGACGUUUCGCCUGAAAGGACACCAGGCGCCACUGCAGAUACACGAAUUGAGUCCCAAGAUGCUGAUAUCGCGGAGAUGGCGCAGAAAGCCGGGUUAGAGGAAGCUUCAGAAGGACAGUCAACGAAGAAGGGCAAAAAGAAAAAGAAAAAUCGCAAAUCCAUAUCUUCCGAUUCUCAAGCUGUGGCCGAUGCGGAGACCCAACCUCCACUCUCCGCUGAGGGGCUUCCUGCCGAAACCCCACUGGCGGAAAUAAGCGGGGUGGUUCAUCCUACGGAAGACAAACAAAUACCACAGGAAGCUACGGCGACUAACGAUAUGACGGAGACGACUGAAGCCGUGGACGCUAAUGCUGCAGCAGAAAAUGAGCCCAGUGUACCUGUGGAGUACCCCGCUGAGCCUAAUGACGGUACGCCACAUAUGUUUGAGCGUGUCCCAGACGAUCCUGUACCUGAUCUCGAACCUGAAGCAGGGGAAUCUACACCGACAGGCAAGAAGAGCAAGAAAAACAAGAAAAAGAAACAAAGCUUGCAGUCCGCAUCCGACGCUCACGAAGCAGCUGCUGAACCCACACCUAGCACAGAUGUCGCAAGUCUAAAAAUAGACAUUCCUCUUGCUGCUGAAAAGCCCCAAACCACAGAAGGCCAAGAACUAGUUUUGGAGGAGACAAUGGAAAGCGAACAACCCUUCAACGUAACCGAAUUAGCGGAAGGCGCCGCUUCGUCAGAAACAGCACCCGAGAUAACUGCUGCUCAAAAGAAGAAGGCCAAGAAAGAAAAAAAGAAGCAGCGCCGAUCCGCUUUGUUGGAUGAAUCACCAGCUUUUGACCCCGCUAUUGACCUAAACCCAGGGAAUGCUUCUUCGGAACAUGGUCCAGAUUCUGUUGGAGAAUCUGCCCCUGUCAAAGAACCUGAGGCAUAUGAUGCUUCAACCGAGGGACCAACGCUUAUCGAUGAGCUAGCGAGCGAACAACCUAGGGUUGAAACGGUCACAGAUACAGGGCCCAACAUGGCGUUGGAUGAAGGCUUGGACGAGCAAUCCCAAGAACCUGCGCAGCAAGAGCCCACAGAAGCGCCCACAGACAUUGCUGGUAUUCUAGCAACGGAAGUAGAAAAUGUAGAACUCGGCCAAACACAUCAUACAUAUCAUACACCAUCCGACUUGGAAGGUGCCCCUGCGAACGAAGAGCAAUUAAGAACUGAUGUUGAUGGAAGGCACACGGUUGAAAUAAUGGGAGUUGAACAAGAGCCCACAAAUGAAAAACAAGUUGAGGUAGAGGAUGCCACGCUCAAUGCUGCACCAAAAGUGAAUGCAGACACGGCCCUUGAGCAACCUCAGGAAGAAACGCUAAAUGAGAAAGCUGCUCCAGACCAGGCUCGAGAUGCUGGAGUCCCCUUGGUUGAUGUUAUUCCACAAGACGCAGUUGAAGGGGAGCCUGAGAUUCCUACUCCUAAGAAGUCUAAGAAGGAUAAAAAGAAAAAGAAGAAACAACAGUCAAUUUCUUUGGAGGAAGAUCAGCCUGCGGCCGCUCUGGAAGAGACUGCGCAAGAGCCUUCUGAUGCACGUCCGGACUCGCUUGAAAUCUCCGGGAAACCGCAUCUUUCUCUCCCCGGGGAUGGUGCGGAAGAGCCACAGCGCGCCUUCUCAGAGGAGCCUACGCAACAGUCUGGAGCAAGUGAGCAUGAGUGCACUGAGUCUCCGGAACAGGCUGACCUCACAAGACCUGUAGAGUCUGAAUCUAUGGCGGAUACCCAGGAAUCAGUCUCUAAGAAGAAGGCCAGGAAAGAUAAGAAAAAGCGCAAGUCUGUUUCUUUUGCACACAAUGAACAGGAGGCUCCCACGAAGUCAUCUGAAACCACAGAAGCAACAGAAGCGAGUCACCAUAUUAAAGAGGCUAGCCAACCUCCAGAGCAGGCAAAUGAGCAAAUGGCAGAAGCCAGCUCCCUCGUUCAAACAAGUCAGGGAAAUGCUGAUAGUACUGCUGCCGAUGAGGUACAGCCCGGAGAAACAACUGCAGACCUACACAAGGACGUUCCUGCAGUCGCAAAUGGCGAGAAUGGUUCAGAGUCCAACAAGGGGGCCAUAGCAAACGAAGAACAAGUUACUCAGCCCUACAAGGAUUCUGUUGCCGAAUCACAAGCCAGCACAUUGAAUCCUGAUCCCACGCCUUCAGUGGCGAGAGAGCUAGAAAACGAACCUACAGUUCCUGAGCCUGAAGGACAUACCAAUGAUGACGCCCUAGCGAUUGAAUCCCCUGAGCAACAAGACGUACAGCAGGGUACAGGUAUUCUGACCGCCCUAGAGACUACAGAGAAACACGAAGUCGAGUCCACUCCGGAAGCGUCUGUACCCGAAACACCCUCUACCUCCGUGCAGGAUUCUACUGUGGUAGUCCAGGAGGUUGAACAAGAGAGCGUCCCUUCCAAGUCAAAGAAGGACAAGAAGAAGAAGAAACGCAAGACCCAAGAAUCCAUUGAGAACGAGGCACCUGCUGUGUCUGAGCCAAGCAUCGAAGGGGCAUCCGUUGAAACUGAAGAGGAUAACCGUACUGCAGCUCCAGGAGUUAUCGAAGAGUCAAUCGAGCCGAAUAAUGCUGCCAAGCCAUCCGAAAUCUCCAGUCAAGAUGUGCCGCCGUUGACGCCGGAGAGUAUUGCUGAACGCACGCGAGCUGAGACCGAAGAAGUAGCUGAUAGUACUGUUCACGAGGUGAAGGAGUCGGAAAGAACCGAACAGCAGGCGAGGGAACAUCUGGAAGAUCCUCAGAAUGAUGGUGCACCGGCUAUGUCGGCGAAAGAAAGAAAAAAAGCGAAAAAGAAGGAAAAAAAGCGCCAGUCAAAAAUCCUAGAUGGUAGUGUUGCUGCCUCAGUUGUACUGGACGAAAAGACCCAAGGUCCCUUGAUAAAUGCAAGCACCACUUCAACUGAAGAUAUCACGCUUGAUGCAGCCGAAACACAGGCCUCCGCUGAAUUGAAACCCUCAGGCCCUUCGGUUGAUACGGCAACCCCACCUGCUGAAGAUGACGGUAAAGAAAAUCAGUCCCACGGCACCGAGUCCCACGGCGAGAACGAUAAGAAUCUGUUUUGGACUGAUCACAUGGUAUCUUCGCAGGUAGAUCAACAGCAAGCCACUCCCCUCGACUCUCCCACCCAAACCGUGCCUGAGAAUACCAUACCCGAAAAAGUAGCUGUCUCCAGCGAACCAGUCUCAUUGUCUGAGGAAAUUGAGGUAGGAACAGAAGAUCAUGCGUCAAAGACCGAGCAGGAGGCAACUAGCGUGGUAGAUAGGGUUUCCCUCGAGCGCCUGCCUGCUGAAGGCUUUGCAGCGGAAGCAGACGAAAGUGGCAAGGCGCUUACGCCAAAGGCGGACGAGUUAAUGAGCCAGCAAGAUACGAUCCCAGCCCAGACAGAUGAGAUGCUUGAAGAAAAAGGUCAAGAAGCAGCGCCUGAAGCACGUCUGGUUACUGCUGAAGUAACAGGCACUUCCAUGGAUGAUCUGCAAGCAACAAAUGAAGAGGCAGUUCCUCUCUCUCCUGCCGAGGCUGGGGUUCCCGAAGACCUGCAAGAGACAAACAACGGCUCAACUUUUGACGUGGAGAAACUUGAAGCGACAGCGCCUUGGGAGAAUUUAUGUCAGGCGCGGGAACCAGAAGAUCCUGUAUUAGAAGAUACCUUUUCUGGGUCUAAUCGACUCUCUACGACAUCACCUGAACGUGCCACGCGCGAAGCCAAAUAUUCGGAAUUGCAAGCAAGCAGCGCUGGACCAGCCCUUGAAAGUGACGCAAAGGAAUAUGAAACUGCGAGCCACAGAGAAACGAGAUUGGACGGAGUUGAUCUCGUUUUAAACCCACUGACAGUUGAGUCACAAUGUAGUAGUGCAGAGGUGACUAACACGUCAGAGUCUGCUAAUGGGGCUUCAAGUGAGAUACAGACAGAGCUCGGAGACUUGUUGCCAAUUACCUCUGGCGAGGAGAACAGGGAGAACAAGGAAACACCCGCUGGGUCAGAUGCGGCAAGAGAGACACCAGCUGGCACAGAGGCAACCGCUGAACUUUCGGAAGCCAACAAAAAGGCAAUAGUGGAUCCUGUGGAAUCCUUAGGUCCAGGACAUCAACCAUCAGCUGAGAAGGAGCAACUGCAAGCCAGUAUUGAACCUACACCUGAGCAGUGGAGCCACGAAGAACUGAAGUAUGUCGCUAGAACAGAGGGGGAAAUCGUGACACAGCCUUUAAACCGCAAAGCGUCGAAAAAACAGAAAAAGAAAGCGAAAAAGCAAGCCAAGGAAGCGUCAAUAGAAAUCGCUGGUCCUUCACUUGCAGAGUCUAAAAGAGUGAUAGAUGCAGAAAGCGUCCUUGAGCCAACAGUCGGCUCCACGGAAAUGGCUGGCGCCGCUGAAUCCCGUUUGGCGCCCGAAGAAAAGCCCAUGCAGAGCCAAGGAGUGCAAGGCCCACAGAGCGAGUCAGACGUAUCGAAGCCGACAUUUGAGGCUGUAUCCACAACGGAAGAAAGAAGUCCGCCCAUAGCUAGGAUGUUUCCCAAUCAGACUCAAGCCACGCAUAAGUUACAGGAGGGAGAGGGCAAAGACGCAGAUGGCGAGCCAAAGUUGAGCAGCCAGACUUCCGAGGGAGGCAAUUUUGAGACAGCCGAAGAGCGAACUCAACAGGAAAUUGCAGUUCCCGGAUCCGUAUCAAAGGAGGAGGAAGGGAAAUUCAAGCAAGAGGCUGAGUUGCAGGUUCCUGAGCAAACAGAGCAAGCAUCAGGGGAAAAUACCAAGACUGCUGGUGGGGCCCUGCUUUUACACGAAGCAAAUCCUGAGAAUUCAGAGCUUCCAAUGGCUGAAGCAACCAGGGCAGAGAUUUUCCCUUCCAGAACAUUAUCUCGGGACAACAAGCAGCAGAACGAAGAGAACCUGAGCGUAGGGGCCAAGGAGCCAGAAGAAAGUGAAAGUGUCAGUGGAGAGGCAAACGUGAAACAUUCCCAAGACCGCUAUCAUUCAGAGACAUUGGUAACGGAACAGUCUGCAAAGGAUGAUGAAUGGCCUUUGAUAGAUUGGGAGAAGGAAAGAGUCGAUGCUUCAGAACAGACUCCCCAAUCUUCACCUGAAGCUUGCGCGGCCCCAUUUGAGCCAGACGAGUCGGCUGAAGCCAUAAAGGCGAAGGCAAUUAUGGGGCCGCAAGGACAGGAUUCUGAGGCGAAACUUGCGACGCCAGAAGCAACCGUCGAACCAGCUGAGUAUGUUGCUGACCAAUUUGCUCCGUCAACGGGGGAGCCCGGUACGGAGCCAGUCUCAGAAGCGACCCGAGAGCAUGCCCUAGACGAUGCAGAAAGCUCUAUCCCGGGAAAGCAGAUGAUGGGAGAACCUGGCUCAGUUUCCCAGAAGCAAAGCAAAAUUGCCAGUAUAUUUCCUAACUUGGAACGAGGGGCAUUUCGGCGACCUAUCACCACCAAGUCGUCGGAGUCAGUAAAAGAUGGGGCUGAGGAUGAGACCAAUGAACAAGCGCAGGUCUCGGAAGCGCCCAUCGCUACCACUGACGGAGCCAUGAACCAGGGCCAGGGAACGCCCCGCCUGGAGAUGAAGCCAGAACAUGUGCUUCCGCGGCCCGAGACACCGGUCAGGAAAUUUACAGACAAUGCUCUGGCGCGCCAGGCAUGGCCUACACUUGACAGAGAUGGAGAUGGAGAGUUUCACAUCAGGAAGAAUGGUGCAGCGAGAUCUAUUGACUGCGAAUGGACUGCGGAAGCCAUCCAAACACCUGAACGAGGCAUCCUGAGACCGAGCAGUAUGGGUAGCAUUAAAAGCGUGCGCAGCGCACACUCGCAACGGUCACUCCGACGAACGGAUCGCAGCGCGGGCGGCGAUUUGCGGGCGGCGAGCCAAGCACAAACAGGCGCCCGCCAAUCAUCGUGCAGCCCCCAGCCACCACCUGUCGAGCCCCCUCUUUCGGACCUCAAUAUUGAGCACAUAGCUUCCUCCUCUUCCUACGACCCCGUCACCGAUAAGGGCAAACGGCCCAUGCGAGCCAUGACUGAUGUUUACGAGAGCUGGGGGGAAAUACCGAACUCGCCUCGGUCGCCUAGCCGACCGCCUAGCAUCCGGCACCGUCGAAGCAUGCAACACUUACAAGAGCUUGAGACUCGACUCGACCGACUCGUUUCGGAGAAUCGCUUGCUUGUUGCUGCGCGGGAAGCUGCUGAAGACAAGCUGCGCAAUGCAAGUGUUGCUCGUCGCAAGAGUGACCAUGCUCUCAACGAGCGAGCUGCAGACUUGCGAGACAGGGAAGCUGAAGUGGAACAACUUAAGAAUUCAGUAGAAUGGCUUCAGAAAGAAGUGUCCCGGUUGACUGAAGAAAACGAACGGCUGACUGUCACGAACUCCACCAUUACCGUCGCCCAUGCUGCCGAGAUCCAAACUAUUCGGGUGUCAUCAAACCGUGAGCUAGACGAUUUGCGCCUACAGAAUCAGCAGCUGUCGAACGAAAUGCAAGAUAGAGUGCGUCAGGAGAUUGAUGCGGCACUGGCUCAGAAGAAUAUGGAGCUGCGCAGGUUGCGAGAGGAUUUAGAGGGCGCCCGGGACAAAGUGAAGGAACUACAACAGCAGAUCGCCGCAUCCAUGCACGAUACCGUGUUAGUUUUCAGAGAUGAGGACUACUUUGAUGCAGCGUGCCAAAAGCUGUGUGGCCAUGUUCAACAGUGGGUGCUACGCUUCUCCAAGCACUCUGACCUACGCCGCUGUCGCAAGCUCGACGAUAUUCAGGACGAGAAGAUUGCCGACCGGUUUGAAAAUGCCAUACUCGAUGGAUCCGAUGCCGAUAUCUAUCUCUCCGACCGGGUUCGUCGACGCGAUAUAUUUAUGUCGGUGGUGAUGACAAUGGUGUGGGAAUUCAUUUUCACUCGCUACCUGUUCGGCAUGGACCGUGAACAACGACAAAAGCUCAAGUCUCUUGAAAAACAGCUAGGUGAGGUAGGCCCGCGCGGUGCAGUUCAUCGUUGGAGGGCUACUACCCUAAGCCUUCUCUCAAAGCGGCCUGCUUUCUCCCGGCAGCGUCAGAACGAUACAGAAGCGGUGGCCUUGGAGAUCUUUGAGACGCUGUCCCGUCUUCUCCCACCGCCGAGCAAUGUAGAGUCCCAGCUUCUAGAGUCUCUGCGCAAGGUACUGCGGGUUGCCGUCAACCUAUCUAUCGAAAUGCGCACGCAGCUGGCGGAAUACAUCAUGCUCCCCCCACUACAACCUGAGUACGAUACCAAUGGUGACCUUGCACGGCAAGUUUAUUUCAAUGCGUCCCUUAUGAACGAGCGCAGCGGCGAAACUACUUCAAAUGAGGAACUGGAAUCCCAACAAGCCGUGGUACGGGUUGUCCUGUUCCCUUUGGUAGUGAAGAAGGGCAAUGAUGCAGGUGAAGGCGAAGAUGAAGUAGUUGUUUGCCCGGCGCAAGUACUCGUUGCACGUUCUCCUAAAGAUAAGAAGGUUACCAGAAUGCUCAGUGGUGACCGAAUGUCCUUCGAUGGCACCAGAUCCAUUCACAGUAUCGCUCCGUCGUCGACCAUGGACAUGAGCAAUGUGAUUUGA